ACCAGAGAGCAAACCAGGAAAUCGGAAACGAAGGGAAAGAUGGAAGACGUGGUCGCCGAAUCGAUUAAUCCGGCCUCAUACUCCGACGAGAAGGCAAUGCAACGUCGUCAGCUACGAGACUCGCUUCACGAGGUAAUACGUGAUUCAACAACAGCCGACUUGAAAUUCGAAUCUGCGAGUCUAAUUUUUGGAUGCUGCUAAAGAGAACACGUGUUCAUGUACCGCAUUAUGUUUUUCUGUAUUCAUCUUUCGCUGUGGACCCGUUUGGACUGGUUCUGGGUUAGAUUCCGUGUUUAGAGUAUCAGAAUCAAGGUUCAGGGCAGUAAAAUUUUGCCAUCCCCACCUGGUUGACACCUUGUUCAAGGCACUUUGUAUCUUCUCUGAAGCCAUGAGCCACCUGCCCUGAAAGAAAUGAGGUGUAAGAAUGUGGAAUAUUGAUAGCAUGCAUAGAGAAAAAUGGCUUGAGGUUCCUUACACAUCGUUCUGUACUUAUCUAACCUCAUCACCUCCUCUCUCCUACAAAUACCAAUACCUUCUACUCGCUGCUUCACCACAACUAGCUAGCUAUCUCUCUGAUCCUCACUAUGGCUAAGCCUAUAGCUCUCACCUUUUCUCUCUGCUUGCUUGUCCUCUUCCACAGCUGCUUAGCAGCUCGCCAACAAUCUCAGUCGAGCCAGCAGAAUGAGUGCCAACUAGAUCAGCUCCAAGCCCGCGAACCUGAUAACCGCAUUGAGACUGAAGCGGGUAGGAUUGAGUCCUGGGACUACAACCAGGACGACUUCCAGUGUGCUGGUGUUGCCGUUCAACGAAUUACCAUUGAAAGAAAUGGCCUUCACUUGCCUUCUUACACCCACACUCCACAACUCACUUAUGUCGUCCAAGGCAAUGGUUUUCUAUCAACUGUUUUCCCUGGCUGUCCUGAAACUUUUGAAGAAACUGAGCAAUCUGAUGAAGAACAACAAGGCCAGCAAGGGCGCCGCAGACAGCAAGGUCGUGGACAACAAGAGCAGCAAGAACAAGAAGAGUAUGAGCAACAACAACAACAACAAGGCCGUGGACAACAAGGUCGACAAGGCCGUGGACAGCAAGGUCGUCAUAGACAACAAGGGCAGCAAGGCCAACAGGGACAAGAGAGCUUUGAACAGCUAGACAGACACCAGAAGGUUCGACGCAUCAGAGAAGGUGAUGUGAUUGCUAUUCCUGCUGGUGUCACUUACUGGUCCUACAACGACGGUGACCAACCUCUUGUUGCUGUCAAUCUUCUUGAUAUCAGCAACCAACAAAACCAGCUUGACCGUAACCCCAGGAGAUUCUAUCUUGCUGGUAACCCACAAGAUGAGUUUAACCAACAAGGGCAAAGCCAGAGUCGACGGGGCCAGCAAGGACGUGGACAACAAGGGCAAGGCCAAAGUCAAUGGGACCAGGACCAGCAACAGCAACAGCAUGGUGGAAGGAGCAGGCACCAGCAACAACAAGAAGGAAACAACAACAACAACAUCUUCGCCGGCUUCAACACACAGCUUCUCGGUGACUCUCUGAACAUCGAUCAACAGACUGCCCAGCAGCUUCAGGGACAAAACGACAACAGACCCCAAAUUGUGAGAGUUAGAGGACGUCUUGAUUUCAUCGAACCACCACGAUCACAACAGGAGGAAAGACAACAACAGGGAAUACAGAGACAACAGGGAGAACAAGGACAGAAUGGUUUUGAGGAGACAUUCUGUAACUUCAGGAUCAGAGAGAAUAUUGGCAGGCCUUCACGCGCCGACGUCUUCAAUCCCCAAGCUGGUCGCAUCAGCACCCUCAACAGCUUUAAGUUGCCUAUUCUCAGGUACCUUGACCUCAGCGCUGAGAGAGGCUUCUUCUACAAUAAUGCUAUCUACAGUCCUCACUGGAACUUGAACGCCCAUGAAGUCUACUACGUCAUUAGAGGUAGUGCUAGGGUUCAGGUUGUGAAUGACAAUGGCCAGGCCAUCUUGGACAAUGAGGUCCGCCAGGGACAGCUCUUCAUAGUGCCACAGAACCAUGCAGUGUUGCAGAAGGCUAGCAACAAUGGAUACGAGUACAUUGCUUUCAAGACCCAAGACAAUGCUAAGAUUAACACUCUUGCCGGCCGGACCUCAGUCUUGCGGGCACUCCCCGACGUGGUCCUCGCUAACGCGUACCAGAUUGAUCGACAACAGGCAAGGACUCUCAAGUACAACAGGCAGGAGACUGUUGCUUUGAGCUCAUCAAGGUCUUCCCGAUCUCAGAGGAACUGGUGGGAUAUUGCUGAAAUGUUUGUGUAAGUAUGAAUACAAAUAUGUGAUGCGGCACGUAGUGUUUUUUGGAUGAUGAAUAACCGAAUAUGGUACAAGCUAGCUAAGGGGUAGAGUGAAUAAAAAUGGCCUUAUAUGGCUACUACAUACGUACUUGUAUUCAUAUUCUCUUUAAUGAAUUUUCUCUUUGCCUCGAGUAAACUUGGAGUACUUAAUCUAAAUUGCAAAUCUUUGCCCCUUGGAGAGAAUACUGUAAUUGACUUUGGCUGUGAAUCUGUGA